UAGGAUAGGUUAGUAUGACUAGGUUUGACUGGUGACCAUUGACUCUUUUGCCCCUGCCGCUCAAGCUCAACGAUUUGGGAGCCCUCCACUCUCGCCGCCGCCGCCGGCCGCCGCCGCUGAGGUCUGCAUCCGGGGGAGAGCGAGGGUCUAGCGAUGGAUGUGGGGUCGUGCCACCUCGGCGGCAACGCCGACGCGGUGGAGUUCUGCCCGCACCGCCCCUUCCGCCACAUCCUGGCGGCCGCCACGUACACGCUGCAGGAGCAGGCGGGGGAGGAGGAGCAGCAGCAGCAGCAGGACCGCGCGGGAACCGUGUCGCUCUUCUCCGUCGACGCCGGCGCGGAGGACGAGUCCCGACGGCUCCGGCUGCUCCACACGGUGGAGACCGCCGGCGUCUUCGACAUGAAGUGGAGCCCCACGGCGCCGCUGCUCGCGCAGGCCGACGCCCACGGCCGCCUCGUGCUCCGGCGCCUCGAGCAUGAAGACGGCUCGGACGAAGGUGUCGUUCUCACAGAUGUGGUUGCUGGAAACAUUUCUUCAUCAAUGUGCUUGUAUGUGGACUGGAACCAAAAUGCCGAUUCCCUGGCCGUUGCAUUAUCAGAUGGUUCACUGUCUGUGGUUCCCAUGAGAGAGGACCGCCUGGAGGUAUCAGAACAAUGGACUGCUCAUCAGUAUGAAGUUUGGACAUGUUAUUUCGAUCGUGCAAGACCACACUUGUUGUACAGUGGAUCGGACGACUGCUCUUUCGGUUGCUGGGAUUUGCGGGAAAGCCCAUCGAAUGCCGUGUUUCGGAAUAAGAAGACUCAUACUAUGGGUGUGUGUUGCAUUGCUCAGAACCCAUUGGAGGGGAAUAUGCUACUCACUGGAAGCUAUGAUGAAUUUCUCAGAGUUUGGGACAUGAGAUCAAUGAUGAAACCUGUGAACGAGAAGUCCCUAAAUUUAGGAGGUGGUGUAUGGAGGUUGAAAUAUCAUCCUAAUAUUGCAGAUGUCGUAUUGGCUGCUUGCAUGCACAACGGUUUUGCCAUUGUUAAAGCAGGGGCUGGAGAUGCUACCAUAAUGGAAACAUAUGGCAAGCAUGAGUCCUUAGCAUAUGGUGCAGAUUGGCAGACAAGUGAAGCAGCGGAACAUAACACAAAUUCUUCAGUUAUCGCUACUUGUUCAUUUUAUGACCGCCUUCUCCGUGUGUGGCAACCAGAGAACCUAGUCAACCACCCAACCUCUUAAGGCGUAAAACAUCAUUAUGCCCAGUUGAAGUAUCAAUAUGGCAUGGACCAACCUAUUCCCUGAAUGAACCAAAUUGAUUUCAUUCAGGUAGCUCUUUGAAUUUAUGUUAAUUUAUUUCAAAUGAUGAGCUUAUAGUAGUAUGAUGUCUAAUUUAUAGCUAGGCAUUCACAGUCAUCAGUAUUUGUUGUAAGCUUCCACAAAACUUUGAAGCUAUCUGUUCAUGUUAUUUGAGCACAAACUGUUUUGAAGUUCAUCUGGUGACUGGUGCAUAGAAGUGAUGAUUCAGCAACAAUCUAGACAUCUACCUGGAAGAGCCUCUGACUGAGCUUUUCGCUGGUCAUAAACUAAUAAUUCUGUCUGAAAACUUACAGUAUGCUGUACGCAGUGCUUUCUUAUUUUUCUUUUUGAUCACAUUCUGAUAACGGCUGGAAUGGUUACCGAUUUUACUUUUCCAGUGCAUGCACUGUUGCUUAUAUUAACCUACUGCACAGUAUGGUCAACAUGCUAAUCACGAUUCUUAAAAGUGUUGGAUCAUUGUUUUUCUUGGAUGAAAUAUGAGGUGUUGAGUAGUUGCCACAGCCUCAGCGGGCCAAAACAAGGACAAAAAAGUUGUUAGUUACUUUUCUGAUAAGUUAAAAAUAUAUUGCGGUCUAGUGGAUCUUACUAAGUUACUAGUGACUCAUGAAGCAAUACUCAAACCACGCUUCAGUAGAGCUACUUUAUUCUUUAUCGUUUGCAUUUUCCCAGAAAGUUCUGAGUCCUGCCUUUGUGCUAAUCACACAUGGCUCAGAAGGCAGGACGCAGAACAGAUCAACUGGUCCAGUUUACAGAACUGUUCUGCUCCUAUCGGUGAAAAUAAUGAAGACAUGAGUCAAUUUUGACAUGUACUCCUACAUGACAGUGGUAUAAAUAACUAUGGGUAAUAUUUGAAGAUAACUUCAAAGGAUGCUUCAAUUUGUUUGUGACUUGUUCUGAAUUCAUUAGAGGCAAAUCAUCUACAGUAGAAUGAGAUACCUUGGUAAUAAUGGACAAGAUGAGAUCUGUGUCACUUUGAAUAAGCGGGAAUGCUGGUUGGCAAGUCAGAGAGAUAGAAUAAUUAGAAUCAUAUGGUUUGCUUGGGAUGAUAAGCGAAGAAAGCUCUAAGGUUUCCCUUCCUGCAUCCUUCUAUCUGACACCACUAAGUACUAACUGUGCACUAAUAAGAAUUAUCUGUUUCUACAUCAGGUCACCAAGAAUAGCUGUAUUCCGAACAUGAACAAUAAAGAUAGUCAUGUGUUCAGUCUUAGCUAAGUAACCUUUGAUGUUUUCUGACCUUUUUCCUUAAAAAGGAUUCAAUAGCAACUGUUUGUUUAGGUUAGCUACCAAGGGGACUUGAAUUUUAUUAUGCUAGAAUGGCUUACACUAGCCGGUUUAGUUGUGCUCUUAGGCCUUCGCCUGAUGGCUGACAUGCAGUGGGUAUGUUAAUCUACCCUUUAGCUGAGCCUUAUAGUGUUGUAUUGGAUUCAUCCCACUGAUUUGCACAGAAGCAUCUAGACCCAAGACGAGGCUAUGUGACAACCUAUUGCUUGAAUUUUCAUUGUAGAGAAUCUGAUUUACUGUUUGACAUAAAAUCUCUAGUUUGAUCCUACUCAUCUUUGCAGCCCUGUUGUAUUGAAUUGACAAUAUAGUUGACUUUCCAGACCUUAUCUGCUGAUGUCAUGGCCUCCUUUGGUUUCAUCAUGAAUGGCUAGGGGAUUCUUUGACGUGAAGGGGGUCACCCCUACAUGGCUAAACCUAAUUUAUGGAUUAGUCUGGUAAGAAUACUGUAUCUAUGUUCCAGAGUUUAACUUUCUAAGUAAACACGGGCCGUUAUACAUCUGUUUUACUCUCCUUAUUAAGCAUGAGAAACCUAAUUUCCAACCCUGAACAUGAUAUAUAUUUUUUGAACGGAAAAUUACAGGGGAGGCUCGACAGUACAAAUUUAGUAAAACAAGUACUCCCUCCAAUCCAUAUUACUUGUCGCUGGUUUAGUACAAAGUUGUACGUAGUAAUAUUUGCAAGAGCGGGCUGUACAGGGGGAGGGGGAGAAGAACUGCUAAUCUGGUAAGCCUGCUCAUCCUUCAUUCUGUAAGAGAGAAGGAAAAGGUCUCUUUUACUGAGGAAAGGCCAGGAGGCUAAACUAGGAGGAAUAUUAUGAAAAAAUUCUAGCAUUUCUUUGUUUCCAAAUGUUCCAAGCUGCUACAAGAAAGGCUUCUCUGGAGAGAGGUUUGCUGAGAGGAAGGAGCAAGGUGAAGAUUAAUUGAGGCCCAGCAGCCCCUGCUGAAGGAGCAGUUCCAGAAAAUAUGAUCACGAGUUUCAAGGGUCCCCGAGGUACGUAACACAGCUGGAACCGCCAUUCGUAUGGAAGUUACGUCUUUCAAGCAUAUCUUGACUAUUUAGUCUGUCAUUAAAGAGCAAACAGGCAAAAGCUUUGAGUUUGGCUGAGCAUUUGGAUUUCCACAUCCACGAGGAGAUGCUGUAUAUUUGGUGGCAUAAUAACCAUUCCCCAAUUAGUCAGCUCUACAGCAGCUAUAGGAAUUACCCACAUAACCAUUGGUAAGAAGUGUAAGUAACUUGGUUAAAAACAUAACUCUAGUAUCUACUGCCUGCCUGCCUGGAUUUGAUAGAAUCAACCAGGUACAGCAUGUUCCGUUGGCCAUCGCCAGGUGGUAACCAACCAAUCACUAUGGUGGGAACCACAGACCUUGGUUGUCUCUGACGUCACUGAUUGGUGCAUUUCUGCGAGGGCACUCACUAUGUGCAUCCCUCAGCCAUCUAUUAAAAGAACGAACAUUCAGAAAGUUCGUUGGAUUGCUCCACUUGAUUGCGGCCAACGAUUAAAUCCCACUUUGGUGGAGCAGUGGAGCCCCACGAUUCGUGGUAGUGAUUUCCUUGCUGUCGUACUGGGAGCACUUGUCCACUGAUUAUACGUAGUUGAUUUUUUUUGAGGAUUUUAAUGUGUAUUCAAGGAUGGCCCAGCUGGGACUCGAGAGUGCUAAUCUUACUUGGAAGUUGGAACUGAGAUCUGGUGAUCAUGUCAACUUUAACAGCAUCGAGAUGGGAGACGAUUUAAUUAGAUAGAGGGCUUUCUAGUACUUUACACUCCAGGGUGGGGAAAUGCAGCACUUCGGAUAAGAAUGAAGUAGUGGCUGAAUAGGAAGGCCACAUUGCUCUAGCUCCAUAUUCUUAAAGGCAUAGCUUUAGAGGUGGAGUGUGCUUCUUCAGCUUUUUGUAAAGGCUUUUAGGCUACCUCUAUAUUUUAUAGUACAUUCAGCCCACAUGAUCAGUUCCUGAAUUUCAUUUUGUUGGGAAAUAUCGCUUGCUGAAAGUACUGCUUGGUGAGGAAGGACCUACAUAACUGACAUUUUUAUGAGAAAACACAACUGGUAAAUUAGAGGUGCUAUUGGAUAAAACUGAAAAGGCUAAUGUCAAUGGAAUUAUGGGACAAGGAGCGAAGACCAAAUGACAAAUCAAGGAGAUAAUGAGGUAAAAAUCUGUACCUUGUGAAAAGAGAUGCUCACGAAGUUUACCGGUCUAGAUGCCCUGGAAUUGGAUGUUGAUCGCAACUGCUGCCUUACCUUUCUUACAAUAUAGGUUUAACAUUGUUCUCGUGAGUAAAUAAAUUGUUUUUGUUAACAGUGGGUCUGGGAGUGGAAUGGGAAUUUCUCUAGAGAGAGAAUGUAGAUGAAAUUGACAUGUAGCGGGGCAACAACGACAUCAUUGUGAAUCCCAGCAAUUGAGCACUCGACACAGUAAAGUUUAGUUUACUCUCACUGUCCUUUCUCCAAUAAUGCAUUGUACGCUGGCCAAUUUAAAAUGCCACCUUGCAGAUUCUUGGUCCUUGCACUAUGAUUUACCUGGCAAAGCACCUGCAGACAUCAGCAUCCUCACGAGCAUAUAAGGCAACCCUUCCCUCUUCUCUUGUCCACAGCCCCUACCGACUAUGGAAGGCGCAUGGCUCGAGCAUCUACAUGGCUCUUGAGAGCGGAAGCAGGGUCGGGAUGAACCGCAGAGCUGAGCCCUCCUGCGCAGGAAGCGCUCCAGCUUUGCGGUGCCUCUCCUGACCUCCCAGGUGGUCGCCUGAGGUACGCAAGAAUCGGCAAGUCACAAAACGGCAAUGGUGAACUCCGGCAGGAGUCCACCCCCCUUUUAUCCUUUUCUCUCCAUUCAGUUGUAUCAGGUGGAACUCGAAUAAUCGGAAGUCUCCGUGUGUGAUGAAUCAAUGGAUGCUUCAAGUCCAUGUCUUUUUUUCUCUUUAUUAUGUGUACUCUGGAAACACUACUAUAAAUGGCUCAUGUUCAUCUAGCAAAACCA